CAAAUCAUGAAUCAUCAGUGAGGCCUCAGCUCGAAGCUGUCAUUGUUUAAUACAGACGCUUCCAUUACCUGUGCUGCUUGACAUAACUAAUAUCCGAGAGGAAACAUUACACAUUGAGCUAGUUUUUAAUUGACGUUACCGAUCUGUAUCGCUGGGCUGUGACGUUAGCUAGCCGAACCUGUCAGGCGCAGGGCAACUUGUAAACACUUUGUGAAAGAUGGCUGACAACGGAGCCCCACCGGCUGCUGAGGAGGACCCCGCCGCGGCUUUCCUGGCCCAGCAGGAGAGCGAGAUCGCGGGGAUAGAGAACGACGGGGACGGGUUCGGGGCCCUAGAAGGAUCCAAUGGACACCAGGAGCCGGAGCCCGAGCCCGAGCCCGAGCCGGAGCCGGCGCCGCCCGAGCCUCAGCCUCAGCCGGCCAGCUAUGACGCUUUCGAGGACGAGCCUGCCACACUGAAUGGGGACAUGUUUCAGGAGUCCAACGGCCCGACAGACAGCUAUGCAGCCAUCGCCCAGGUGGACAUUCAGAGGCAAGAGCCGGAGAGUUUACGCAAGUGGAGGGAGGAGCAGAAGACACGCCUUGAAGUGUUAGACUCGGCAUCCAAGUCCGCUGAGGCCGAGUGGAGAGAGAAAGCCAAAAAGGAGCUGGAGGACUGGCAUGUGCACCAGAACGACCAGAUGGAGAAGAACAAGGCCAACAACAGAUCAUCGGAGGAGGCUUUCCUGGCCGAGAGUGACGGCGACAGCCCGGGAUCGGAAUGGGAGCGAGUGGCCCGCCUCUGUGAUUUCAAUCCCAAAACCAACAAACAGGCGAAGGAUGUCUCUCGAAUGCGCUCGGUCCUCAUCACUCUCAAACAGACGCCUCUAGUUCGCUAAAGAGGAGGUCGCAGGGAGAGCCGUCUUCUUCGAGAAACAUUUUUUCAGUUUUAACCUCACGUCACACCACAAAGAGUUUGUACGCCCCUUUUCCAUAAGAUUACUGGUAUGUUUAUAACCGGCUCAAAAUUCCGCUUCUCUCGAUGCCUGUUAUAUUUAAGUGAUAAUAGCCUCACCCCUCUGAAAGAAGAUGGACUGCUCCUUUAGCUGAUCAGUUCUUUCACUGCUACUACAUGAGAAAAUAUGGUUACUGUAAGUUAAACAUUUUUGCCUUUUCCUUCCCUUUUAACUUAUACAUUUUUAUUAGGUCAACUUUAUUGCAUGGCUCUGCCAAUAUUUUGGAUGCACAUGUUUUAGUAGUUUUAUAAAUUUGCGUUACACUAUUUGACCUGUUAGGGAUUAGAUUGUAACCACUUAUGCCUCAUCAACCAUAACGAAUUCUCUGUGCACAUUUGUUCUUAUAACCCAAAUGAAGGUAGAUUGCAUAUUUUUCUCUUUCACAUACAUAAGCUUGUGGCCUUUUUGAUAUUGCUGACUGCAGUUUGAGUUUUCAGCCAGAGGGAUUUUUUCUUUCUUCAAUUAGGCAACAAAAAAAAAUCAUUCACAACCAAAGAUCUCUUCUAGCAUCUAAAUUAUCCAGAGUUCACAUCAUUAAAUAUUGUUUGGUAUUUUUCUCAUCUCAACGGUUUUCUCAGCAGACGUUUUAUGCACCAUUUUGUGUCACACUCGAUGUUAUUCAUAUUUUUUAAAACUGCUGUCAAUGAGGUGUCAGUUUCAACAGUGAUGUCUGCACAUUGUUUCACAUGUUGCCUAUUUGGACUUAAUGAAUACUGGAGAAGUGAAUGUUACCAGGGAACUGGAAAAUAAAACAGUGGAGUAAGAUCCCCUAAAUUUAUUUGUACUUAAAAAUAUUUACCGGCUAAUGACUGUUGCCGAACAAAAACACCCUGGAGGUCGUCAUUGGAAUCCCAGUUUGUUCCACUGGUGUGAGAGGAGCCAAAAUUACGUGUGGCCCAAUGCCAACAUCCAUCUGAACUUUAUCUCUCUCACUCCUGGACUGUGCUGCUAAAAGUGCUGGAUUCAAUUUAAACACUUGUUUAAGCAUUAUGUUAAAAAACACAAUCAUUGGACCAAGAAGUGCACAGGAGCAAGUCGUGUCUAGUUCUUAUUCUUAGAAGGCGCGAUGAAGAUUUGUUUUAUUUUCAUGAGUCACACUUAAUUAGCCACCACAAUGCCUCUGCAUAGAUAAGGUAACACAAAGUGCUGUGUCAUUCCUAGUUCUUUAUUUGGAGCCCUCCCUACCCGAUGACUUUCAUGUGACAUUAAAGGUCAAAGAGUAAAGUGGACAUUUAGACUGUGCCAGUCUUUGUCUGGAGUCCUAAUGUUUUAACCUGCUCACCCCAGCCAAUCAAAUAAAAACUCUUCACAUAAAAUUUC